AGAAAGGAAAAACCGCAGAAGACUAGGACCCAUAUGAACAAGAAGGGGAACUCGAAGACAAGCAGACAGAUGGACACUCUGGACACUGUGAAAAGCAAUCGCAGGAGGCAGACUGCUGGGGGAGGUGCGCAUGUUCGAUAGCAUCUUGGCUGAAGUGAUGGCGUGCCAAAAGUAUCUUCAGUGGGCAUAAUCCUCGCCUCAUAAAUGCCUGACCAAGGAAGAAUGACUGCGAGGGAGACGACGUGACAGCAUUAGAAAAUGAUUACCAAAGAACAGUACUGAUUCAGGAGAAGAACACAAUCUCAGCCACCGAUCUCUCAUCCACUACUGGAUAUUAACAACAUGCUUCAGUGGAGAAGAAGACACUGCUGCUUUGCAAAGAUGAGCUGGAAUGCCAAGAGGUCUCUGUUCCGUACCCAUCUUAUUGGUGUACUUUCUCUCGUGUUUCUUUUUGCUAUGUUUUUGUUUUUCAAUCAUCAUGACUGGCUGCCAGGCAGAACUGGAUUCAAAGAAAACCCUGUGACAUACACUUUCCGUGGAUUUCGUUCUACAAAAAGUGAGACAAACCACAGCUCUCUUCGGAACAUUUGGAAAGAAACAGUCCCGCAGACUCUGAGGCCUCAAACAGCAACUAACUCCAAUAACACAGAUCUGUCACCACAAGGAGUUACAGGGCUGGAGAAUACACUCAGUGCCAACGGAAGUAUUUACAAUGAAAAAGGCGCUGGACAUCCAAAUUCUUACCAUUUCAAAUACCUUAUCAAUGAACCUGCAAAAUGCCAGGAGAAAAGCCCUUUUUUAAUACUACUAAUAGCUGCAGAACCUGGACAGAUAGAAGCUAGAAGAGCUAUUCGGCAAACUUGGGGCAAUGAAAGUCUAGCACCUGGUAUCCAAAUCACACGAAUUUUUUUGUUGGGUGUAAGUAUUAAGUUAAAUGGCUACCUUCAACGUGCAAUCCUGGAAGAAAGCAGACAAUACCAUGACAUAAUUCAACAGGAAUAUUUAGAUACAUACUAUAAUCUGACCAUUAAAACACUAAUGGGCAUGAACUGGGUUGCCACAUACUGUCCACAUAUUCCAUAUGUUAUGAAAACUGACAGUGACAUGUUUGUCAACACCGAAUAUUUAAUACUUAAGUUACUCAAGCCAGACCUGCCUCCUAGACAUAACUAUUUUACUGGUUACCUAAUGAGGGGAUACGCACCCAACAGAAACAAAGACAGCAAGUGGUACAUGCCACCAGACCUCUACCCAAGUGAGCGCUAUCCUGUCUUCUGUUCUGGGACUGGUUAUGUUUUUUCUGGAGAUCUGGCAGAGAAGAUAUUUAAAGUUUCUUUAAGCAUCCGUCGUUUGCACUUGGAAGAUGUAUAUGUAGGGAUCUGUCUUGCCAAGUUGAGAAUUGAUCCUGUCCCCCCUCCCAAUGAGUUUGUGUUCAAUCACUGGCGAGUUUCUUAUUCAAGCUGUAAAUACAGCCACCUAAUUACCUCUCAUCAGUUCCAGCCUAGUGAACUGAUAAAAUACUGGAACCAUUUACAACAAAAUAAGCACAACGCUUGUGCCAACGCAGCAAAAGAAAAGGCAGGCAGGUAUCGCCACCGCAAACUCCACUAGAAAAGACAACUUUUUUUUUUUCCCAAACGUGCGAUCUGUAAAAUAUUGCUAAAAGCAUGUAUAGUUAAAACUGAUUACAUCCAUAGGACAAGUUUUAGUUAAAACUCAUUGCAUAAAGGAAUCCAAAAAUAUUUUUUUAAUUUCUGAAGAAGGUAAUUCUUAAAAAUACAACACGAUAUAACAAAAAGGUAUCCCAAACAAUCUACUAAAAAUCCACAUAAGGGGAUUCUGUGUAUUAACAUGCAAUAACAGGCGUGCAUACAUCAAUGGUUCAACUCUUACGUUAGGGGCCAAGAAGGUGUAUUUGCAUAUGUUUUCCACAUAAAUUUUAAUUUAAGAAAUGGAUACAGUCAAAAGACUUUGGAUUCAGUUUUUCAUUUCAAUAUAAUUAAAUGUAAAUAAAACAUUAUUGUCAAUUUUAAGGAAACUUUAUAAUUGUGCAAAGGACAAAUUUUGACCUAUUCUAGGGUUCUAAAAACCAUAUUCCAUGCAAUAAGAUUUAGUUGAAUUAUUCCAUAAACAUAUUUAUAAAGUUCAGAUGUUUCAUCAAUGCAGUUCUCAUCUAAGUAUUUACUUUUUAAAAACAAUUGAGAUAUUCAUUUUCUUUUAUCAAUACGCACAUAUACUGGGGGAAUUUAUUUUGACAUGACGUGAUAAAAUGUGAAAAAAAAAUCAAUGUGUCUCAGGCUCACAUUUUUAUAAAAAAAAAAAUUAAAUGUUUCAAAAUAGAACAUCUGUUCCCUCGCUGGUGUUCAGGGCCAAGCUAGAACUUCAAUGAUUUACUCAAUCAACCAGUUACUGCACUCUCAAGGAGCAUCACCAGUUAACUUCAAGCAUAUCUGAAAAAAUCUAUCAUUUUCCUCUAACUGAAGCAAAAGUGAUUACUUACAGGCACAAAGAGGAUGCACUGUUGAAAAAAGAUAAAGGAUAAAGAGUGCAGCGGCAGUUUCAUUCAAUACAUUUUAAGAUGCAUGUCUGCCAAACUGCAACAUAUGGGAAGUUUAUUUCCUGACAGCAGGUGUACACAUGCCAGUACUUAAUCAUUUUACGGCACCUACUUCUUUCUCUGAGUGCCAAGUUUACAAACCUGCAGUUUUUAAUUUGGUGGAUGACAAAUAUUCUGCACCACUGAUUAAAAACUUUCUUGGGAGGGAUGGGGGAAAACUACAAAUGUUUGAUGAACACUUGAUU